AUGUUCAAGAACGUGUUUGGCUCCCAGGAGGCUAAGCCCGAUGAUGACUUCGCCGACUUCGUGGAUAACCCGUCGCCUGCCUCACUCGUCGCCGACUCGACCAUCGCCCCAGCUGCCAACACACUGGCCGCUAAGACCGUCCCUUACACGGCCUGGUACCGAGUAUGGGAGAGGACAUCCCCGAGCGAUUUCAAGCAGGAGGCAAUGAUCAUGCCUGUCAUCCUCUUGAUUAUCCUCUUCCACCUUUGGGGAACGCGCAAGAACCGAAAGAGGGCGAGGGACUGGGCGCAGGCCCACGGACCUUCUCUUCAGAAGGAGUUUUCCGUCGUCGGAUUUGAUGGAAUCGCCCGACCGGCUGCCGUUGAGCUCACCAACCCCGAGUCGCUGCUGAAGGAGAGGUCUGCCUCCGAGUUCGCCUCGUAUGCGACUGGCCGCCAGAACGUUGCCUUCCUCGAUGUCAAUAUCAAGAUGCCUAAGCGAUAUAACCCUAUCACCUUCAUCAUGGAGUAUGUCUUCAGCUUCUUCUUUGAGAGCUGGGAGCCCCCCGUUGAGAAAUACGAGGCUCUAGCGUAUGCUUUCGAUGGUAAGGAGAAGGACCUGGUUCCCGUUCUCGCUAAGGAUUCUGCUCUCGUCAAGGAUUCUGCUCCCGUCAAGGUGCCUAGCUCGACUUACGACGGCUUCAUCUGGGCUGUUGUUCACAAGAGCCAUAUGCGCAAGUUCCGCAACGACCGCUAUGAUGCCUCUCUCACUUUUUCUAAGGAUAACCCUAAGCUCCCCUCGUGGGUUACCGUGAUGACCGAGAGUGCCGAGAUUAGCGAUACCCUCCUCAACCCGGAGUUGAUCGAGGCUAUUGAGCAGGCUGGCAAUGACUUUGAGUACUUGAUCGUGACGGACCAGCCUAUCGAUAGACCCACUAAGAUCGACGAGACCAUUCCUAAGAAGCGCAUCCAGCUCUCCGCUAACCUCGCCUCCUCCCCGUCCGGCUAUACCUCUACCCUCCCUCUGUUCAACCAGUUCCUACGCUUGUCCGAUAAGCUGGUCGCCUCCGCCCACUUCCGUGGUGAAGUUAUGCGCAAGGUCCGUAAUGCCCGCGAAGAGGAGAUCAAGAAGCUGCGCCGUGUCGACGAGGAAGAGAAGGCCGAGGAGCGCCGCAUUGCCGCCGAGAAGAUCAAGAAGGAUGAGCGUGAGCGCAUCCUGCGUGGAUUGAGCGCCGACGAGCAGCGCAAGUUCCUUGAGCGUGAGGCUCAGAAGGGACAGAGACGCCAGGCGAAGAAGAGCACCCGGAAGGGUUAG